GGGGGGUCUCAGGCUGGUGGGGCGGAGCUUACGGCCUCCAGCCUAGACCGCGGGAUUCUACCUGCUCCAGAGCACAGCUACGCGAAGCCCACCUGUCCAGGUCCCCAUCCCAGCCUUGGCAAUGACCCUGGCAGCUUCCUCCCAGCGCUCCCAAAUCAUCCGCUCCAAGUUCCGAUCUGUCCUCCAGCUUCGGAUCCACAGACGGUAUCAGGACCCGAAUCCGUGGAUCUCAACUGCAGGCCCAACUCUGGCUCAGGCCCCCGGCUUGCCCUCGGGCCCCACCCCUUUCCUUUUCAGCCCUGGGGUCCUGUUCCCAGAGCCAAAAAGCUGCCCUUGGAGGUCCCUGAAGAAGGAGUCUCCCAAGAUCUCCCCACAUUGGAGGCAGUCCAAGCCCAAGGGGAACUUGACAUACCACCAAUACAUGCCCCCAGAGCCGAGACAAGGGUCCAGGGCAGACCUUCAGGCCAAAAGGUCGGCCCUGGGUCCCCCUGGGCCACCUCUGUGGGAAGAAACAAACUCACAGCAGCCACCUCCUAGGAUGAAGCCCACUCCCCUCCCUUCCUCCCUCCCAGGAGUCCCCAGCCCCUCGCCUCCUCCACACAAGUUGGAACUUCAGACCCUUAAACUGGAGGAGCUGACGGUCUCAGAGCUUCGGCAGCAGCUGCGCCUGCGGGGCCUCCCGGUGUCAGGAACCAAGUCGACGCUCCUGGAGCGCAUGCGCGGAGGCGCCCCGCCCCGCGAGCGGCCCAAAAUCAAGCGCGAGGAAUGUCCUGCGGGUGCUUCCUGGCCACGCCUCAGGCCCAAGGCUCUGGGCACCGCCCGGCGGCAGGGCUCGUCCAAGCCCGGCCCAGCAUCUCACCCAUUGCCUCUUCCACGUGCCGCGGAAACCCUCGAAACGGCUCAGGCUCCCCCACCCACUCCAGCGCAAGCGCUGACCCCUGCCUCAGCACCAGCCUCGGUGGCCCAGACUCUGGAGGAGGAGCUGCAGGAAGCGAUCCGGAGGGCUCAGUUGUUUCCGAACCGGGGCAUUGAUGACCUGCUGGAAUAUCAGAUGGAGCCUGAUGAUGACCUGCUGCCUCCCAUCCCUCUGGAUUUCCCCGGCUCUUUCGAUGUGCUGUCCCCCUCCCCAGACUCUGAAGGCCUCUCAUCUGUCUUCUCUUCCUCGCUCCCAUCCCCUGCGAAUUCCCCGUCCCCCUCUCCCACGGACUCCUUGGACUGGCUGGAGGCUCUGAGUGGGGGUGCCCCGCCGGGCUGUGGUCCCCCAGCCCCCAGCAUCUUCUCUGCUGACUUAUCUGACUCCGGUGGCACCAGGUUGUGGGACCUGCUGGAGGAUCCAUGGUGAUGGAUUCUGGAGUUUCCAGGGACUGGGAACUGGUGGGGAUGGGGAGGUCACAGUGACAGACUCCCUCAGGGAGGUGUUGAAACAACCAGCAGAGUCCCCUUCCACCACAGACAUAGAGUCAGUCACAACUCUCAUCUCCACCUAGCCUCUGAACUGCUGCUGACAUGCCAACUGCCUGACCUUUGCCUGCCUAACCUCCAUAGGAUCCCCUCCAUGGUUUUGUGGUUGGGGGUGGGCAAGGGCAAACAAGCUGCUUGCUGCUUCCUUCAGAGACCUCUUGGAUGUCUUCUUCCCCCAUCCCACCAAUGACAUGGCUGCCUGUUGCUGGGGUGUCUGGAAGGUGGUCUGUGCUUUUUGGAUGCAGGAGAGGGACAGGGAAGAGUGGGGAGGGAGAAUCAGGAGCCAGACCCUUGGCUUCUGGUUGGAGAUGAGAAAAUCGGAAUCAUUGUGCCUGAGGUCAGAUUCUCUCAGAAGCAGAGCCUGAGGCAAGAUUCAUGUGUUCGUGAUUUAUUAAAGAAACGCUCCCAGGCGAAACCAAAAAGGAGUGGAUGAAACAGGACAGUGAAGGGGAAGAAAACCAGUAGGAGUGUGAUGUCCCAACCUCAGCCUGAUCCCUGAGGAAAAAUUAAGUUGCAGAGUCUUUCCCAUCUUGAGGCAAAGAGAACUUCGCCUUUGAGGCAAAGGGAGAGCCCUGUUUGGGUUUUUAUCGCUGAACAACAAGCCACCCCAAAAUUUAAGUCUUCAAAUAAUAAGUAUCUGCGAUUUCUCACAAUUCCGUGGGUUGACUGGCUCAGCAAGACCGUUCUUCAGCAUCAUAUGUCAACUAGGGCUGCAGUCAUCUUAGGGCCCACUUGUGCUGCACCAUCCAAGAUCUCAGACGUGUCUGGUGCCUUGGGAGGGAUGCCUAGUAGGCUGGACCCCACUGGGCUGGGGACAUCUGGACUUCUCUCGUUCUCCAUGUGGUCUUAGUGCUCUCCCUCUCCG